CUGGGUUGUGUCGCAAGGCGCACAAAAACGAAUCCAUUAAACUCCCACGGACGUGGCCCUUUACGACAGUGAAGUUACACAAGAAGCUAUUGAGAAUUCGCAAUGAGCGUUGUAACCAAACUUCGGGUGACGCAGAUCGCCAAGGGCGAAGGUGGAGCAUACGUGAACGCUAAAGAUUUGCCCGGUGUAAUUAAGGGAACGAUGCUCGAAGUUGCCCCGAGUGAUGCGGGCUCCAGCUCCGCCAAACUCGUCGUCAAGUUACUUGGCUUUCGCGAGGAGCAACGUAACAAUAUUUGGAUAGAUCAGACAGCCAUGAAUGUGAUUCAGCUUCGACAAUACACGGAUGUAAAUGUCUGCGCUGUAAAACACUUGGACGUAGCCUUGGAUAGCGUUGAGCUUGUUUUCAAAGAUCAAUAUUUAACCCGUAGUGACAUGUGGCGCUUGGCACAAUCUAUGGUUGACACCGGGGUCUACCUUAAAAAAGAGAUUAAGUACAACUCAACUCGCUGUGAUGUCUUUGAGAUGUGGGCUAAAGGAGUUCGAUUGUCGUCGGGCCUUGUCACAAAGGAUACCAAGGUUGUGUUUCGAACAGCCUCUGGUAUGGUAGUUAUUUUCAUUCAAAUGUCAGCCGAAAUGUGGCAGUUUGAUAUCCAUGGAGAUCUUUACUUUGAGAAGGCUCUCGAUGGAUUUUUAUUGGAUUUGACACGGAAGUGGAAGGAUUUCAGUUGUAAUCACGACGUUACUAUCGUCCUCUUUUCACGUACAUUCUAUAAUGCUGACUCAUGGGACCAGUUUCCUGAACAGGUGCGACACUGUAUCCAACAGGACGUUCGUGGACGUUUCUACGAAGAUGUCUAUCGGGUCGCUGUGCAAAAUGAGCGACUUGACGAUUGGACAGCCACCUUGCGUCAUCUAAAAAUUUAUUUCUCUGACUAUCAACGGGCGGUGGUACAUAAACAUAGUAACGUUCCUGGUAUGCCAACGGCCUAUAAUAGCUGUGCAGCAUUAGGUAACUUUCUUCCAGCCCUAAACUUAUCAAUGAACGUCUUUGAAAAGCACUUCACCGAACGGUCGUUCGACCGCACCGGACAGCUGAGCGUCGUGGUGACGCCUGGCGUUGGUGUGUUUGAAGUUGAACGCGAUCUCAUGGAAUUAACAAAGCAGCGUAUUAUCGACAAUGGAAUAGCGUCAGAUCUCGUAUGUCUAGGCGAACAGCCACUUCAUGUCGUUCCACUCUACAAAGUGUAUGGUAGUCUUUCAGAUACCGGGGAGUCCGGUGGUGACGAGUACAGCAUCCCUCAUUGGAUUAAUUUAUCAUUCUACACAUCGAGCAAGGUCAUAUCGUAUUCGGCGUUCGUGCCCCGAAUCAAGUUGCCAACUCCGGAUGGGUCACCUUCGCCUAAUAUCCGAGGGAGUAGUAGUGGGCGUCCCACUGGACCACCUACUGCACGAAGUAACAAACGUCUUAUGACGCCAACAUACGACGGCGUUGAUGAAGCACUACUUCAUCCAAACGAUUCCCAUACAACUGGUCAUAGCGAUUACGAAGGCUAUGAUAUGCACAUACUCAAGGAACCGGUGGUUUUGGCGCAAAGGCGAGCCCGUGAAAAGCAGGAACAAGCGCCGGUACGCCGCAAGAGUCAGGUUCAGUACCCGCGCGAACGAGAGCGUGAAGCUUCGCUUUCCUCAGCGUCGUCACCUUCUGCUGGCGCUUCAGCUAUCAAUACUGCGGGCCGUCACAUCUCAGAACCACUUGGAGGACCUUCGUUCACUUCACACUACCCAACAUACUCAACUGGUAUAACAGGGUCACCGCGUGGAGCUGAUACGCUGGAUAGUAUUUCAUCAACCAACCGCAUGGUUGUUGGCUCCGUAGAUAGUUCGGUGGAGUACCUUAAGGGUUUACAGCGGCCACAAAAAUCCGCUGGCCAGGAGCUGGACAAACUCAAAGCACUCGUUAAUCCGUUCAAUCUGUCUGGUGUGAGCAUGAAAUUGACAUCGAACCGACGCCGCUGGACUCACGCCUUUCCCAUCGGUCCAUCGGGCUCUUUCGUACAACAGCACCAUUAUCAAAGCAAUUUAACGUCAAAAACGUUAACUGAAGCUACACGUACAAAUGUCCGGCCAAUUCCUCUUGUGGGAGGAGGCGUUGACGUGGUAGAUUCAGGACCUGGAGGACUGGAUCGUACGGGUCUAGCAGGCUGGGGUCCUACCGGAGAACAACAGUGGACGCCUGCUCUCACGACCGGUGUGGACUGGAAGUCACUUGUAAUUCCUGCGUGCUUACCGCUCACUACAGACUAUUUUCCGGAUCCACACACACUGGUUGCAGACUAUACGCUAUCCGACUAUUGCUUGCUACCAGAAGAUAUACCACAUGCGAGUGCGGCUUCGAAUCUAAACCGGGACGUGCAGGUUUAUCAGGAGCUCGUGUGUCAACGACUCCAACAGGGCUUCCAAAUUGUUACCCUGCCACCUAACCAUCCGUAUAAGAACUCACGCGCACCGCUAAGCAGUUUUCCCGAUCAGCGGGGCAGAAAGGAUGGAGGUGGCGACAAGCUGGAGCCGGACGAAUGCCUUAUGAGUAUUGCAGCGAUAUUCCAUUCGGUGCAACUUGGCUCUGCGAAUGAGAUUGCUGUGAAACAAUAUAAGCCUCGUCAGGCUAGCCAGGAGCUUAAUUCGAUUCCGUACAGAUAUCAGUUCACCUCGCCAGGAAACGAAGGUUAUACGCAUCUAGCAAAAUGCAUAUUUCAUGCCGAAAGACUAGAGACAUUCAAUUGGAACUAUCUGGAUCACUACAUUUGCGGCGAACGAGAGUAUUUCCUUCAUAAGACCAACAAGUUUUGGCGGUUUCGAAUGUUAUUAUUACCAGGAUCACCUGACGCUAUUCGUAGCAUCCAGGAGAAUGGGCUCGUUAACAUCUACCCGAUUGAUGGACACGGGGUAUUUCCUGACGAGCGAAGUCAACGUGAAGGUGUACUCAAAUUCUUUGAAAUUCUCAACAAAAUUAAGCCUAUUAGUAGUCAGGUGGCAAACUUCAAAAGCCAUUUGACACCGUCUUCCAAGUCAAACAUACGAAGAAGCAGCUUUGGGCAGGUCUAUUCGCAGUUACAAUUUUCGCAUUCACCGGUGUCACACGGUCAUCAACAGAGUCUCGGCGCCGUGCGCGAACGGUGUGAGUCGGUUAAUGAAAAGCCGCGAAAACCCCGGGCAACUUUGCAACAUGACGAUAGUGAAAAAUCGACUUCGUCAACAUCUCUCGAGGAUAACGCCACCGUGUCAGCUGGAGGUGCAGCCUCGGACGAUGCAUUCUUAGUCAAUCCUCCCCCAGUUCUCUCUAUGAUUAAUUCGUCAGAGGAAAUUGUCGCCGCAAUGCGCCAGUCUAUGGACUUUAUACCGAAGGAUAAAGAACGAGCCGUGAAUUUUCCCUCUCAUGCUUUCCUAGGAGUUGAUGCGAUUAGUUGGCUUCGUAGUCAGAUAAGCGACAUGCACGAAGACGACGAGGCAAUUGCUAUAAUGCAACGUCUUAUGCGUGAUGGAUUUGUGGCACACAUCCGCGGGGAACAAGACUUCGUAGUUGGGUCGCAUCUCUACUUCCUUCGGGAAAUAGGAGAACCCGACGAGUAUUCAGACUUAGCAGAGGAAUGGGUUGAGGUUGGAAUCAUCUCCCAAAGCCAAAAGGAAGUAGCUAAACAAUUGCCGGCGUCACAACAGGCGCAAAUGAAAGUCAGCCCCAGUGCCAACAAUUCGAGGUUGUACUUCAAACGAGCCUAUGUAAACAUCGACGCAGGCAGAUCAGAUCGGCCCGAAUGGGGCCAAGCGCAGUAUCACUCAGUUUUUCAGCCUGGCACCGCGUUUGAGCUUGACGUUGAAUGGGUUGUAGCUACAGGCAAUAUUGUUGCAGACAUGGUUUUAAACUGGGCACGGAAAGCAACAUCAUUCGGACUUCAAUUAGUUCCUAUUCCUUGUGAACCGUACGCUCUACCAGGAUCCGCCAAUUCAGAUCCUCUUCGCGGGCCAAUAUUUGUUCCUCUUGCUGUAGACCAAUUGCCCGACCCGCUCACGUACUCCCAGCUGCAGAGCUUCAAGGGGUACAUUUUGCGCUGUUUCGGUUUCAUUCCACACCAAGAUCUCUACAUCGGUGCCGAAAAGGAGGCGGGGAAGCUUGUGUCAAGUUACGAGACUUUCGUUCAUUGCACGGGUGGAAUGUUUCUCGUUCCAAGUGAGGAUAACGCUGAGGAGCCCUACGACACGGGAUUACGUGAGCCACUAGGCAAAACUAAAUUUUCACCAGAGCCUGAAUCACAAUCAGAAGAAUUGCCAAAGAUUUUGAACAACUCGGCCACCACAGGCAACCAAUCGACUAACGAGUGUCAAAGCAGGACAGGCUUCCUUUGGAGCUACAACUUUAUGAUCACGAAACGGUGGAAAAGUACUGCCUCCAUCGAUGAACACUUCAUGAGAACUGUCCUUGAGGAUAUUCGUAAAUUCUGUUCAAAUAGCGACGAUCGUCUGCUAACGCUUUACGAGGACUGGUCAAAGCUCAACGCACCCAAACCGCAAGAACUGGAAGUACCACCCUCGAGGGUAGAAGUGGAGGACGACAAAUAAACCCAGUGAUUGGUUUCCAAACACUGCACCCUCUAUAGAAAAACUAUUUUUACCAAUCUUGAAAAAACUACGCUUCUGCUGUUAUCUGUAUAUAAAGGAUAGAAAUGAAAUAAACGCAAAGGAUAACCUAUGUAAAGCGUUGUUUGUACAGGUUCAUGCGUUCUCUUUUAUAAAUUAUUUUAAAAGACGUAUGUAUCCAUUAAGAAAGAAAGAGUAAGCUACCAGCUAUGUUUACACUUAUAGUAAAUAUUGCCUCCAUUUAAAGAAAUAGUUGAUAGCAGCAAUGAUACACUCAGCGCAAUGCAAUUCCGGCGGUUCCAGUAGCAAACAAGGACGUCACUAAUAAUAUCGUUGUAAGCUAUAGAGUUCUUUGCGGCCCUCUCUCAUAGCCAUUAGAUCUUAUUUCAAGCAGAGAUUGCACGAGAUGACAAAAAAGGAUUUUAGGCGAAGCC